AUGGGGUUCCCUAUGUGUUAUGCUAUUGGGUAUUAUAUUAUGUAUUCUGGAGAGGAGAACAAAAUAAUAAUAAUAAUAAUAAUAAUAGUAAUAAUAAUAAUAGUAAUAAUAAUAAUAAUAAUAAUAAUAAUAAUAAUAAUAAUAAUAAUAAUAAUAAUAAUAAUAAUAAUAAUAAUAAUAAUAAUAAUAAUAAUAAUAAUAAUAAUAAUAAUAAUAAUAAGCCCUGCACGCAUCAAGAUCGAAGAAGGCGGGAUUCUAGACUACACUCUUGUGGCUGACGCUGCGUACGGCCUAAGGCCCUACAUCUACACCCCCUAUCGUGCCCUUCCCGGUCGCGCGCUUCCCGACGAGCAGCGCGUCUGGAAUUUGCAGCAGUCCCGCACCCGCAUGAUCGUGGAGCAGGUGAACGGGUGGCUGAAGACCAAGUGGCGCAUUCUUGACGGGCGCCUCGAGUGCGACACGUUCCGCGCCCCCCAGGUCGUCGCCGCGUGCAUUGUGCUUCACAACAUUGACUUGUGCCUCGGUUUCCGACAUCGCCAGGAAGAACCGCGCCAGCGUAACACGUGGUGGCUCGAAGACCGUGUGGCCGACGCGCCUCAUUUCUCGCCGCACGAUGAGGGUUUUACUCCGACCCGUCGUCGAGCUCGCUUGGCGGCGUAUUUCUACGCCUCUUGGCGGCUCGGGCAUCCUGAUUCUUCUCAACCAGGUCUUGGGUACAGUCGCUUGCGUUCAUGUGAGUACGGCUGCCAUCUCCCUGAGCAUCUGUUUCGUUUUCCUCCUCUGCAGGCGCAGGCCGAGGCCGGCGGGAGACACCUCCGCCGCGGAGCGCAACACCAGGGUGCGCACCGACGAUUCGUGACCGCGAAGGGGACGCCGAGGCGGUGGCAGCGGCGGGAAGCCCGACGGGCGCCAGCGAAGCUGGCGGCAGUUCAGACCGCCGAGAGCUCGAGGGCGAGUGACCGGGCGACACACUUGUGGCACGGGACGUUGGCGAGCGGCGGGUUGACUGCGCGCGACGGGGAGAAGCCGCGGAAGCAUCCGCUCCAGCAGGCGCCACAGAAGCGGUAG